CGAGACAGUCUGAAACUAUUGUGCAACUCUUUUUUGAUUUUUCUGUUAAAAAUCAAAAUUGGGUGUGAGAGAGAGAGAGAGUGAGAGUGAGAAAAAGAUUGAACAAUGUAUUCGAGUUCGAAUCACAGUAACGGCUACCACCCACAACACCAACACGAAGACAAUCGUUUCGGACAAACACAAAGUCACUGCAAGGACCGAGUUCGCAGGUACACUCGUGGCGGCGCUACUAGUACUAAUAGUAGGUCACGUGACUUCAGGGACUCCCAUGGCCAUGCUGGUCCUACCUCUGCCUCUGCCCUUAGGGUUUCUGACCAGCACCAGAAACCUGCUACUGAUUUCGACAUGGCUUACUUUCACUCUUACGCCCACGUUGGCAUUCACGAAGAAAUGAUCAAGGUUGUAGUGGAUGUUGGUUGUGGCACAGGCAUUCUGUCGAUAUUUUGUGCCCAAGCUGGUGCAAAACGGGUAUAUGCUGUUGAUGCAAGUGAGAUUGCAUUGCAGGCAAAUGAAGUUGUGAAGGCUAAUAAUUUAUCUGACACAGUCAUUGUAUUGCAUGGACGAGUUGAGGAUGUUGAAAUAGAUGAGGAGGUUGAUGUUAUAAUUUCCGAAUGGAUGGGCUACAUGCUUCUCUAUGAGAGUAUGCUGGGAAGUGUGAUCACUGCAAGAGAUCGAUGGCUAAAGCCUGGAGGUCUUAUACUUCCUUCAAAUGCAACGUUGUACAUGGCACCAGUUACGCACUCUGACAGAUACAGUGAAAGCAUUGAUUUCUGGCGCAAUGUUUAUGGAAUUGAUAAUAUGGUUUGGAAGUGGAGGUCUUCCAUUCAACAAUAAAUGCACGGAGGAUACUUGAUGCUUGAAGGUUGAAGAAAAAAUGUUGAUUCUGAUGUUCAGAAUGGUAAUUAGGCUUCGAAGAUGUUCUUCAGCGUGGUUGAGGACCUAGUUGUAAAACUUUAUCGUGUACCAAGGUCAGCUAUGCAAGCAGCUCAUGAAGUACAAAGCACAGGAAGGCUGAAUCUACUUCUAAGCUACAAAUGGUCAAGACUCUUUUUUUUUUAUAGGUAAAAUGGUCAAGACUUUGAUAUGACAUGAAAUUGAAGGACUCACAAUAUGUCAAGACUUUGAUUUGCCUUAGAAUCAAAAUUUUAGCUAAAGUUCUUUCUCUUGUUUUGUCAUGCGAAGCAGAUAUGUGAGUAAUUUUAAAUUUAUAGGACUAACUUCUUAGUCAGGAGCCUGCUCAAUAAUUAGUUUACAACUGAGGUUUAAAUGGAACUUCACCUAGGAAGCAUGGACAUGGACACUAGUAAGACACAGCAUUACAAAAAUUUCUAAAAAAUUUGGACAUGACACAGGGAACACGGGGAUACAUAUAUUAAUUAAUUAUUAGAUAUUCUUUUAUUUAUAUUUUUUAAUAUAUUGUUAAGUAUUUUUUUAUAUAAAUAAUGUAAGAAAGUUUAUAAUAAAAAAUAGCCAACCCAAGUACAUUGGAAAUGUACUACAGUGGUAGAAAUUAAGAACCCAGAUUACAAUGAUCAACUAGAACAGGGAAAGACAAACAAGAACAUGAAGGCAAAACUAAGCUCCAUUCAAGGAGAGUAUGAAAGAAAAAAGACUUUAUAUCAAGGAUAGACCGUUCACAAUCCUUGAAGCAUCUAGCAUUCCGUUCCUGUCAUAAGCACCAAAACAAACCUCCAUAAAUCUAUAUUUCUAUGUGUUCCAAACUUUCCUUGCCAAGAAUCUAACAACUCAAGAACUUUAUACGGCAUAACUCAAUGUAUACCAAAUAAACAAAGACCAUAGACCACAUCUCAUAUGCUAUAGGACAAUGAAUGGAUACCAAACAAACAAAAGACCAUAGACCACAUCUCAUAUGCUAUAGGACAAUGAAGAAGAAGAUGAUCCACUGAUUCCCGACACCUUUUGCACAUAUAGCACCAAUCUAGCACUACAAUAUGCCUAAUCUGAAGAUUAUCUGUAGUUAAAAUAAACGCUUAACAAUCCAAAUAUAUUGUUAAGCAUUUAUUUUUCAUAUAAUGUUAAACAUAUAUAAAUUUAAGAGCAAUAAUGGAAAAUGCUAUAACAAAUCCAAAAACCAAAAUACACCCUAGCUGUGUCCCAUUAUAUAUAUUAAAAAGGGCUAGGACAUGCUUGCAGCCGUGUCCCAGAGGUGUCGGACACGGACACGGCAGCCUAAAUGAGGUGUCCAUGCUUCUUAUUCACCCUAUACUAGCAUCUUCUUAGCCCCUAAAAGUAAUCUUCUUGGUUUCUCUAUAUAAGGGGUGUACCUUAAUGGCAUUGAAACAAAUUUUGGACCCAAAUAUUGCAGCUGAUUUGGUUCAUCAGUUGAGCUGCCUCAAUUUUGUGGUGACAUGCCAUACUUUCUCUACCGGAUAUGCCACAGGCAUCUAGAUCAAGAAGUGAGGUGUGCCUUAUUUUUAAUUUCUAUGCUACCUUUUAGCUGUCUUUAUCCAUAUUUUACUGUCAAACUACAGUCUGUUUGUUGCUAACCUGUAUACUCCCUCUAAGCCAACCUUGUUUGACAUAAUACAUCUUUAUUCCCAUCUUAAAGAGGCUGUACUGCCUCUUUUUGGUGGCUGACUUUAGUAGUUCUGUUACGGUUCUUUGAGGUCUUGAUUGUCUUACACUGUUCUAAAGCAUGCAUCUUGAUUUCAUACAUUCUUUAGAGGGCCUUUUGCUGAUGGAAAAUAGAUAGUGAACGCUAUUCUCCAUAUAUUUUGUAGGCAGUAUCCUUUUGUGUUUGUGUCAAACUGUUGUCAAAUAAAAUUUCGUUGUACCAAGUUUUGUUAGCAUCGUAAACGGCAUUAUUAUACAAAUGGUGAAUCUAGAUUUCAAUUGAAAUGCUUGCACUUAUACAUCAUAAAUUUCUCUCGAGACAUUGUAUAAAUGGUUUUGAAGUUGUUUUUAACUGUUUCUUUCUCAUAGGUAAGUAUUUUUUAGUUAUUUGUGAUCUAGCAGUUAUGAUAU